UUGCACUUUAAGGAAGGUAGUUUAAGGUCUUCCCAAGAGGAAGAUCCUGCGGUUGUGGAGGCCUGCGUUCGCGCGGCCUCUCCUAUUUCCCUUUGUUCAAUUGUUUUGUUUUCACGCCAAGAUGGUUCUGUUUAAGCCUAGUCAUCUUGGUGGCGUUCGCUAAAGCUCCCAUCGUAGUAGCGACAACGUCUUGUAUCAUCGGAGGCAUAUUAGUCACAAAAGUUCUUAAAAGCUAACUUUUGACUUUUGCAGAUCCAAUCUCCGCCACGAGUGGGAUUGUCUCGUAAUCACUUUAUUUUUUUUCUUUAAAGUAAUAACAUUUCGGUCACAUUGAUUAAAGUUAUAAAAUAAGAAUUUAAAAGCGUAAUCGCUCAACCACUCAAAGAAGAAGACAAACGCUAAACAAUUCUCACAGUGUAAUCUUUUCUUCUUUCGUUCUCCCUCAUCAUCAUCUUCUCCAGAAAGGAAAAAACAAAAAAGAUGUGGUUUUUUGGAUCAAAAGGAGCAUCUGGAUUCUCAUCUCGUUCCACUGCAGAAGAAGUCACACUUGGUGUUGAUGGGACUGGUCUCACUGCCAUAGUCACAGGAGCAUCAAGUGGUAUAGGUGUAGAAACCGCACGUGUUCUUGCACUGCGUGGUGUGCAUGUGGUUAUGGCAGUGAGGAACACUGGCUCUGGUGCUAAAGUUAAGGAAGAUAUUGUCAAUCAAGUCCCUGGUGCUAAACUCGAUGUCAUGGAGUUAGAUCUCAGCUCAAUGGACUCUGUCAGGAAAUUUGCAUCUGAGUACAAAUCUGCUGGUCUUCCACUCAACCUCUUGAUAAACAAUGCGGGGAUUAUGGCAUGUCCCUUUAUGCUCUCUAAAGACAACAUAGAGCUGCAACUCGCAACCAACCAUUUAGGUCAUUUUCUGCUGACCAAGCUUCUGCUAGAUACAAUGAAGACCACAUCACGUGAAAGCAAACGAGAAGGAAGGAUUGUUAACUUAUCAUCAGAUGCUCAUAGGUUCUCGUACCCUGGAGGAGUCCGCUUUGAUAAGAUCAACGACAAGUCAAGUUACAGUAGUAUGCGAGCGUAUGGACAGUCUAAACUCUGCAAUGUUUUACAUGCCAACGAGCUUGCAAAGCAACUGAAGGACGAUGGAGUCAAUAUAACAGCAAAUUCACUUCAUCCAGGAGCCAUUAUGACAAAUCUCGGGCGCUACUUCAACAGCUAUUUGGCUGGAGCUGUUGGUGUAGUGGCUAAAUAUAUGCUCAAGACUGUUCCACAGGGGGCGGCAACAACUUGCUAUGUGGCAUUGAAUCCUCAGGUUGCAGGAGUUACAGGGGAAUACUUCGCAGAUAGCAACAUUGCUAAACCAUUACCACUUGCCAAAGAUUCAGAACUGGCCAAGAAAGUUUGGGAUUUCAGCACUAAGCUUACCGGUUCUCAAUUAGGAGAAAGUAGUUCUUGAAAAGCAAAUAGAUGUUCAGUGAACCUUUACUACAGUGGCUUCUACAUUUCAUUGUCUCUAUUGAACUGAUACUUACUUUCAGCCUAUGUCACAAAUGAAAUAAAUGUAUAACAAAUCUAAAACAUUUCAAUUAUGCAAAAACAGAUGGUUUAGUUCUGGUUA